UGAAAUGGAGUAGGAAGAAGUUGAAAAAAAACUUGUUUUAAAAACACACACAAACAUCUACACACCAACACAUACAUUACCCACCGCUGUCUUGAUUUGUAUUAAUGAUCAUCAGUGUAUAAGUGUCUGGUUUUAUGUUCCUCGUGGUCAGCUCAUCAGUUUUGUCACUCUUUAGUAAAUCUUUACGUUUAAGCCUUGUCUCCUGCAUUUUGGGUCCUAUACUGGUUCCUGACAAGAAUAACAAGUAAAGAAAGCUUCAGUAUCUUUUAAGACACCUGAACAUUUAGCCAGGAUACUUAAAAUAUUAUUUUUCCAUAGUAUUUAAGCUAAAGCUUAGAAUUCUUGUCAAAAUAGUCAUUCAUUCAUCCAUCCAUUCAUUCAGUCAUUCAUUCAGACUUACUUUGUUUAAAGACCCACUCCAAUGAAAACUGUGUUUUUUUUUUGGUGUUUUUAACAUGUACUUGAAGCAUUUUUCUCAUGAUGGAGGACAUACAAUAAAUGAAGAUUAAAAUUGUAAUUCUCAGUAUUUCUUUAUUCAAAUUCUGUUUGCUUAGGUGCAGACAUAAACCUACGUUUGUAAAAGCUUGGGUUUGCCGGCCAAGGUCUCCUUACUCCAUUCCAGUUCUGAUGCAUGCACAAAAUAGAUCAAUUUUUAUCUUUGUAAAUGAGGUGAAUUUCUAAUGAGCUCCUACUGCUCUGCAUGAAAUGCAUCUUAAAAAAUAACAGUCUUUUUGAUUUUGGCUAAAAACUGCAAAAAUCAUGUUUAAAAAAAUCCCUGGAAACGAUUUUGCAAUUGAAAUAAUAUAUAGUUGGAGUGAAACCUUAAGUAAAAGGUUAUAAAAGCAGUCAAUUAUUAAACUUUAAUUCUAUUGUUUAAGAAGUUACAUCUUGAGAACUGUUUGAUUUUCUUUCUCUUUUUUUUUGUUUGUGUUUUUUUUCCCACUAAUAAACCGAUUUUCUUUUUUAAAUAAAAAAACUAAACUAAAAAAACCUGUAUUUUCAAUAUUACCCUAGCUACCGGUGACGCCUUCCUCCUUUCUGCUCUCUCAUUGGACAGUUCCCUCCUGCUGCUUUCAUUUUCGACACCGCUCUGAAGCUUGACAGCGCAUGCGCCGGGAUGCUAAAAUUCUACGUUUUUCUAAGGAUUUCUUAAAGUAACUCCUCAGAUUAUGUGUUGUCUGUGAUGAGCUCUAAAUUAUCUUUUAAAAUUGAAUAGUUUAUGACAAGGAAAGUAGACAAACCAAUGGACCGUUUUCAAAUCAAAAGUGAAAGUGCUGCAGUGUAGUUAUUCCAGUCAUAUCGUUGAUAUAAAUUGGCAAUAACACAGGCUCACUUCACUCUGAUGAUGAUUGAAAUAUUUUUCUUCGGAUUGUUCAUUACUUGGGUGCAUGCUGACGGAGCUGCAGAUGUAGUGCUGUCCUGUGCCCUGGUGGAGGAGGGAUCUGGACUCAGUGGAAUGGGAGGUGGUGGCCUCUUCACUCGGACACCAGCCACGCUUGUCUUUCGAGAUGUUGCCGUGGGCCCUGAUGAGCCUCUGGAAAUGCUCUCUCCAUUUGUCCCGCCUUCAGUCCCCGAUCCGGAGCUCUUCCUGUUUGAGGCUUCAGUGACCUCACCUGACAUUCCCAACGCAGACCGGUUGCUCCACGCUGACUGCAACGAGCUGGAGGUGAUGUGUGAAGUCAGUCGUUACUCGUCUAAGGAGCUGCAGGACAGCUCAGAUCAAACUUUUUUCAUGGUGUCCAUCACGGUGGAGGAGCUUGAUUUCAGCAUCUCGCUCAUCCUGGAGACUUUACCAGUGGAAAAAACUCAGUCAACCCUGAUGCAAAGUAAACUCAAUCUACCUCUGAGUCAGUCAGGAACUCUGUUAACCAAAGCAAUAUUUGUUGUGUUUUCCAACUCAAAGACCUUGUCUGCUCCUCUGAGGGGAGACGUUCUCCUGGACUGUAGCUUCAAACAGCAGGAGGUGCCGAUAGCUCACCAGGUUGACGUGGAGUGGCGGCUGCAGCACCGGGGAAAAGGCUGGAAAGUACUUGACUUGAAAACAACGCUGGAUGACACAGAAGGUGUCCGUGCAGAUGUGAACGUGGAGAGGAAAGGGUCAAGCAUGAAUGCUGGGCAGGUUGUCAGUGAGGGGAACGUCUCUCUGAGUCUGUCCACCCUGAAGGUUGCUGAUGAGGGGACCUACAUCUGCACCGUCAGCAUCGGUCACUUCCACGCACAGCAGGUCAUUCAGCUCCACGUCAUUCAACCACCACAUGUUUCCCUCUCAGAGGAAAAGUUGAUCUUGAAAACACCCCAAACGUUAAAGUGCUACAGCAGCAAAUACUAUCCACUGGAUGCUCAAAUAGAGUGGCUUUUUGUUUCUCCAGCUGCCACAGAGCCGGAACUCUUUAAAGACCAGGGCUCCCUGACCAGCCAUCGACAGCAUGGCGACGGCACCUUUUCCCUGUCGUCUCUCCUCACCGUGCCUCCCACCGUCCCCCCAGGAACCAGGAUUAUCUGCAGGGUGUCUCAUGUAGCUCUGGGUGCUCCCCUCGAUAUCAGUUUGUUAGUUGAAACUCCUAAAAUAGAUUCCUACUGGUGGUUCCUGGGAUUCCUGAUCGUCACCGUCAUUUUUUUCUUCCAGGUCAUUAAAUAAAUCACAGUCCUGCAUCCUUUUUAAUGAAAAUUGAGCCCAGAAUUUUUUUUUAUUGUGUCAGUCUUUAUACAAUUCCUUUUUCUGAGGCAAAGAUCGGUAUUUUUACUGUAUUUAAUUGUUAGUUAUUUUGUAUUAUUGUUCCAUAGGCUCAAUUGAACAGUUUCGUUUUGAAUUUGUUAUCCUGGUAGGAAUAUUCCCGCUGCUGCAGUCAUUGUUCUUUAAUAUCAGGGAACUGAAUAUUUAAGGUUAAAAAAAACGUUUUUAUUUCUAAUUUAUCAUGAAAGUUUAACAUUUUAGACUCUAUUAACUCACAGAGGAAGGGAGGCAUUCCCAAAAUGUUGUCAAACUACCUGACUGUCAUUCUUGUUUAAGUUACAAAAACUCAACUAAAGAAAAAAAAACACUUUAAAAUUGAUUUGUAAAGUGUAGUCUGAGGCUGUUAGUUAUUUUAUAAACUGAAGAGAUUAUAGACUAAACAUAGGUCCACAUCCCUGGAUUCAUGGUUUUAUGGGAAACAACACUGUUUUGUGUCUUUUUAUGUCAUUUGUAAUGCUCAUGUAGUGAUUUUAUUUUUUUUUUUUGCCCAUGAAACUUGAAAAUUAUAUUUGGGUUUUUAUUAGCUUUGAAUAGUGAAUCAGGAAAUCCGAUCAUGACGAAAAGGUCAGUCAUUUAUUUAUUUAUUGAAGGAAAUGUGUGAUUAAUGCUGUGAUUUUAUGCUUUUCUUUCUUUUUUACGUUGACUGGGUACAAUACAUCACAAAAAUGGGACAUCAGGGAUAAAAGUAUGUUUUGUUUGUUUGAAAUGCUUUAUAUUUGAGUUAAAAACCUAUAUGUGACACCAUGGCCCGUUAAUGCGACAUUAACACUGAUUUACUAGCAGAUUAAAGUCUGCAGUUGUGAUUAUUUUGUGAUUCCAAAAACAUGUUUAAGCAAAAACCAAGCAGUAAAUGUUUUUUUUUUUUAAAGCACUGACUUCAAAUCGUUUUUUUGGCGAAAGCUUCCAGUGGCACAUAUUUGUUCCUGUCUUCAAACAGACUUCUGUCCUUUUUUACAAUGUAUUAUAUUUGUGUCAGAUGUAUUUUGAUUAUUUUGGCAAAUCCUAACUUGUGAAAGGUGUACAACUACAUUUUAAAGGGUUUUUUUUUAUGUGUAACUGAAAAAGUAAGAACAAUUUUGACAAAUACUUUUUAAAAUUUGAGAGAUCAUGUAAAUGGGUUUGGCAAAUUGAUAGUUUGAUUUAAUUGAUUUAUUGGAAUAAUUGAUUGUAGACAAUACAACAAAAUCACACAAAUAUAACAGACUCAGAAAUAAUGACAUUUAUUGAUUAAACGUAAGAGGAAAAUAAUGUUUCAUUUCUUACAAUCAUAAAUAGUGAUUUUUGUAUUGAUAUGUACACACUUGGGUCAUAUUAAAUCAUUUAAUAUUAAAAACUUUAGUCAAGUAAAGUAAGAAAUGAGAAACUUAAAGCAGAUAAAACUUUAUAAUAAAUGUUGCCAUGACUUUGACUUUUAGCUGUUCUGUGAUGAGUAAAGUGCACAAUUCCUUCAAAUCUCCACUUUUUUGCUACUUACAAAUAUGUCAGGGUGAAUUAAAGCCAAUAAUGAUUUUUUGUAGGCUAUAAAUUUAACUUUUCUAAGCAUUUAUUUGGAAAUCUAUUUACAUUAGAUCCAAUAGUCUGUGAUGUCUCAAACACCACAAAAAA